AAUUACCCACCGACUAUUAUCUGGCAAUCAUACCGCUAAACACAUUCACAAAGGUGCUUUGUGUUAGAAAUAAAAUAUAAAUUUGGAUAUAAAAUGUCUGACUCUGAGUUAGAUGGACUUGAUGAUAUAGAGCAAGAGGAUUCGCCUCCAGCCAGUGUCAGUGGACCAUCCAUUUUACUCAAGUCUCCACCUAGACCAGGGCCUAAAGAUGAAGCCUAUGAAGAAAAACUGGAAAAAGACAGAAGCAACAGAUUUAACUUUUUGCUUAAGCAGACAGAAUUGUUUGCCCAUUUCAUGCAGACAGGUGCUCAAGCUGGAGGGGGUGGUCCCACCAGUCCAUUAAAAAUGAAGGGCAGACCCAGAUUAAAUAAAAAUGAUGAAAAGUCUAAGCUUGUGGCAGCUGGGGAUCAUCGCCAUCGAAGAACAGAAGAAGAAGAAGAUGAAGAACUUCUAACAGAAGCCAAGAAGUCUGGAAAUGUUCUUCUCCGUUUUGAAGCCAGUCCUUCAUAUGUUAAAGGAGGAGAAAUGAGAGACUAUCAGAUUCGGGGUUUGAACUGGAUGAUUUCUUUAUAUGAAAAUGGCAUUAAUGGUAUCUUGGCUGAUGAAAUGGGCUUGGGAAAAACACUACAGACUAUAUCUCUUUUGGGAUAUAUGAAGCAUUACCGUAACAUACCCUCUCCACAUUUGGUCAUCUGUCCAAAAUCAACUUUGGCCAACUGGGAGGCAGAGUGUGAGAGGUGGUGUCCAUCUCUUAGAGCUGUAUGCUUGAUUGGUGAUGCAGAAAAAAGGGCUGCUUUUAUCCGAGAUGUGUUAGUACCAGGUGAGUGGGAUGUCUGCAUCACAUCCUACGAAAUGUGUAUCAGAGAGAAGUCAGUCAUGAAAAAAUUUAAUUGGCGCUACAUUGUCAUUGAUGAGGCCCAUAGGAUCAAGAAUGAAAAAUCUAAAUUGUCAGAGAUAGUAAGAGAAUUUAAAUCAACAAAUCGUCUACUGCUGACUGGUACCCCGCUGCAAAAUAACCUUCAUGAGUUAUGGGCCCUUCUCAAUUUCCUUCUGCCUGAUGUGUUCAACAACUCUCAGGACUUUGAUGCUUGGUUUAAUGCGAACAGCUGCUUUGGUGAUCAAGAGCUUGUUGAGAGAUUACAUGCUGUACUCCGUCCAUUUUUACUCAGAAGAAUCAAAUCUGAUGUGGAGAAAAGAUUGCUGCCUAAAAAAGAAACCAAAGUUUUUAUUGGUCUAAGCAAAAUGCAAAGAGAGCUCUACACUAAAAUUUUAAUGAAGGAUAUUGAUGUUGUUAACGGUGCUGGUCGCUCUGACAAGAUGAGACUUCUAAACAUUCUCAUGCAGCUGAGAAAAUGCUGCAACCACCCUUACCUUUUUGAUGGCAUGGAGCCAGGUCCCCCAUACACAACAGAUUACCAUUUAGUUGAGAACUGUGGAAAAAUGGUUAUUCUGGAUAAACUAUUGCCAAGAGUGAAGGAAAAUGACUCCAGGGUUCUUAUCUUCAGUCAGAUGACAAGAAUGUUGGAUAUCCUGGAAGACUAUUGUUUCUGGCGAGGAUAUGAGUAUUGUAGAUUGGAUGGCCAGACACCACAUGAAGAAAGACAGAAAUCUAUUUCAGACUUUAAUCACCCAAACAGCACCAAAUUCAUAUUCAUGUUGAGUACCAGGGCUGGUGGCCUCGGCAUUAACCUUGCCACCGCUGACAUUGUCUUACUUUUUGAUUCUGACUGGAACCCACAAGUUGAUCUGCAGGCCAUGGAUCGUGCUCACCGUAUCGGUCAAAUGAAACAAGUGCGAGUUUUUAGAUUUAUUACAGAAAAUACUGUAGAAGAAAGAAUUGUGGAGAGGGCUGAAAUGAAAUUGCGCUUGGACAAUGUGGUCAUCCAGCAAGGUCGGUUGGUGGACCAGAAUACAAACAAACUUGGGAAAGAUGAGGUGCUGAACAUGAUUCGACAUGGUGCUAGCCAUGUGUUUGCCUCUAAAGAGUCUGAGAUCACAGAUGAAGAUAUUGAUGCUAUCCUUGCCAGGGGUGAGAAAAAGACAGAAGAGCUGAAAGAGAAGAUGGACCAACUUGGUGAGAGCAGUCUGCGUACUUUCACCAUGGACGCCCCUGACAGUGUGUACCAAUUUGAGGGUGAGGACUACAGGGAGAAACACAAGCUGGGUACCAUUGGUGCCUGGAUUGAACCCCCAAAGAGAGAGCGCAAAGCCAACUACGCUGUGGAUGCUUACUUCAGAGAGGCCCUGCGUGUCAGUGAACCUAAAGCCCCCAAGGCUCCAAGACCACCCAAGCAGCCUAGUAUUCAAGAUUUCCAGUUUUUCCCACCUAGGCUGUUUGAGCUGUUAGAUAAAGAAAUCUAUUAUUUCCGCAAAACUAUUGGAUACAAGGUGCCUAAGAAUCCUGAGUUUGGUGCUGAUGCUGACAGAAUCCGCAAGGAAGAACAAGCAAAAAUUGACCAGUCUGCUCCACUAGAUGAAGAAGAGCUUGCUGAAAAGGAAACUCUGUUGAAAGAGGGCUUUACAAACUGGAGCAAAAGAGACUUCCAACAGUUCAUCAAGGCAAAUGAAAAGUUUGGCAGAGAUGACAUAGAGAGUAUAGCCAGAGAGGUGGAGGGGAAGACACCAGAGGAGGUGAAUCAGUACAGCAGUGUGUUCUGGGAGAGGUGCAAUGAGCUGCAGGAUAUAGAGCGCAUCAUGGCUCAGAUUGAGAGGGGUGAGGCCAGGAUACAGAGGAGAAUAAGCAUCAAGAAAGCUUUAGAUGCCAAGAUGUCAAGGUAUAGAGCACCAUUCCAUCAACUCAGAAUCCAGUACGGAACAAACAAAGGUAAAAACUACACUGAAGAGGAGGACAGGUUCCUGGUGUGUAUGCUACACAAGCUGGGCUUUGAUAAGGAGAACGUCUACGAUGAGCUGAGGCAAGCUGUCAGACAGGCUCCCCAGUUCAGAUUUGAUUGGUUCAUUAAAUCAAGGACGGCUAUGGAGUUACAGAGGAGGUGCAACACACUGAUCACCCUGAUAGAGAGAGAGAACAUGGAGCUGGAGGAGAAGGAGAAGGCUGAGAGGAAGAAGAAAGGCAAAGGUGCACCCAAGGGGGUCAAGAGGAAAAAUAAUGACACACCCACUAAAACCAGCGCCAAGAAGAAGAAGGCGUAGAGUUGCAUAGUUACAACGUUGGCUACGAUGGAAUGAGUGCGGGCUGGCGUGUUUUGGUUCUUUUAUAUUGUGCUAAUGUGGAGUGAUUGCAGCCUGCCGUGGAAUGACUGCAUGUUGGGGACGUUUCUUACACCGGCACUCUGAGAAUCUCAAAGAACAUGUUUUCAUGAGCUGCUUUACACACAUUGCCAUUAGUGUAGGAUCAGUUUUCAUUCAUAACGACUCCUUUUCAUAUCUGUCAUGUAUAUAAGAAAACUGUCUUUAAUUCCCCCCACCACAUUGAAUAUUGUCUCCAUCUCUUAAUUUUUGAUUUAGAUAGGUGCUAAAUGGGUUUAGGUAGCUGCACAAGUGCUAAAUGGCUUUUGGUACCUGUACAGCUGCCGAAUGGCUCGUUACCUGUACAUGUGCUAAAUGGUUUAGUACCUGUACAGGUGCUAAAUGGCUUUUGAUACAUUUACAGGUGGUAAAUGGCUCAUGUUACCUUUACAUGUACUAAAUGGUUUUUUAGUACCUGUACAGUGGCUUUAGGUAAGUACUUGUGCAGCUACUUGACAAUUUCCCCUAUUCUGAUUCACCAAACAGUUCAUUAUACAAGUGUACCCAAAUGUUUUAAUUGGCAGCAAACACAAAAUGUUGGUCUUGGGAUCAUUAGGUGCAUUGAUCUGUAGAAUUGAAUUUAAAAAUUUAUGAUGGGGAGUGAAUGAUUAAAUGUUUAAAACCCAUUUUUGAUACAUCCUUGUAUUUUAGUAUCAUUGCCUCAGAUAUUUAACAUUUAUCUUGACAAAAUUAUCGAUUUUUUUUUAUGAUGAUUUUAUCACAAACUGCUUUUAGUCGUGUGUACAUGUUUUAUUUUCUCAGAAAUAAAUGUCGAUUUAUUUGAAUUAAAUAAAACUUUUAAAACUAGGCUCAGUCUGUUCAGUGAGGUAAUCAGCUGUUGUUUUUUUACUGAAUAUAUCUGUUGUGGUUGUAAAUAAAUCUGUUUAUAAGAAUAA